UACUAUUGAUAUUAUUACAAAAUGAAUAUCAUGCAAAGAUUUCAUUUAGCACUUUUAGUAUUUAACAACUUAUUUGAAAAAAUAAAAUCAAAUCUUCAAUUAUAAAAUUUUAAAUACUCCCUCCGUCCGGGAUUAAUCUUCCCAUUUGGACUUUUUCCCAUUUUUAUUAAAGGCGAUUGACUAUUUUUACUAUGACUUCCAUUUUUGCCCUCCUUCCCAGAAACUCAAUUCCAAGUUACGGAGUAAUUAAAAAAAUUAUCCUUCUUUUCCGGCUUUGAUUGGAGUGGUGACAACGGCUCAGUUGCUUGCUUGACGGCGGCAGUAGUGGCUUUUAGACGGCGAUGGCCGGCAGUCACGAUCUAAAGGAAGGCGACGAGGACAACGCUUCAUGUCUACUCGACGGUGAUCUAUUCCCUGAGGCGGUAGCAAUCUAUUUCCUUGGCUCGUCAGAGGCGUGCUUGACAAAGAUUUAUUUCCUUAGGCGGAGGCAAUCUAUUUCAUUGGCUCAGCGACAAUUAGUUUUACAGAGAUCUAUUCCCCUUGACUCGGUGGUGGUUUGCUUGGCGGUGAUCUAUUCCCCUUGAAUAGGUGGUGAUCUAUUCCACUUGGCUCCGUGGCAGUCUAUUACCCUUGACUCGACGGGGAUCUAUUCCUUUUGGUUUGGCGGCGAUCCAUUCUUCUUCGCCGAUUUCUGAUCAAGGGGUGUAACGAAAACCAACCAAAAGAGUAGAUUGAGAGAAUGAGGCUCCGAAUUUUGAGGGAGUGAGAAUUGGG